AUGGCUUCCCCGGAAUCAACACGUACUGGAGGUUCUCGCCCCUCCGGUGCCGGUGUUAAGGGCUUGCUCGCAAUGUUCGAAAAAUCCAACCCUGCUUCCCCAGCUCCUACGAGUGGCAGCACUGCGGCUGGUACUUCUUCUCGGGAUCAGAGUCCUGCUGCCCCUAGGCCUCUUGGUAAGGUCAGGACCUCCUUUGUGGCUGUCACAGGGAACAACAAUGGGCUUCUUGGGCUGCAGAAGGUACCAGUCAGUCCCUCAGUAACGAGUCCUACAGUAACAUUUCCCGAAGGCCAAAAGCUGUCCGGAGAGGCUUUGGAGGCUUUGGGAAAGGAGCACCCUGCAAUUGACAGCAGAGAUCAAAUUACAGAGGCUCUCAAUGGAAUGAGGACACCUGAUGAGUUGAGUUCCAAAAAGGAUUUUGGGAUUAUAAAUGGUGGACGUUUUUCGCAGCCAAAGCAAGAACCAGUUAAGCCUACGGUAUUGCUUCCUGCUUUUGAGAAGGUCUCUACAAAGAAGGAUGAAACCCCAGUUACGCCAAUUGAGCCGGUGUGUGGGUCAAAUGAAGAUGGGGAGAAAAAGGAAGGUCAGGCGAAGCCUACUAAGGAAGAACCAAAGUCGAAAUCUAGUACGGUCAAAGGUGCGCCGGCGCCAAGGUCUCCCACCAAAUCAGCCUUCACCAGCAAAAGCACCAAGUCGGUAGCUACUAACAAAUCUGGGAAGACCCUCUCUCUCCCUUCAUCGAAGUCUAACACUGCAUCCCCGCUUCCCUCUCCGGCACUCGCCCCCAAAAGUCCAGCGCGCAACGCCGCAUCAAGUUCAAGUUCUUCAUCACGAGCGAAAUCAACCACAACUACUACGAACACUGCCCCUGCAUCUUCAAGGGCCCGCACCCCUGCUGUCGCAUCGGCAUCGACAUCGGCAUCGACAGUACCAAAGUCUCGCCCAACUACAGCUGCAUCGAAGGCGAAAUCGGUAGCAACACAAAAGUCAGAAACAACGAAGCCAGCACGUGAGUCAACAAAGCCUCCCACUGUCCGUAGUUCUGCGUUCGCGUCGACUACAGCAUCUGCGGCCAAACUUACGGCGGAGCAAAAGGCUGCGGCAGCCCGCAAUGCCAGGGCACCAUCAUCCGCGUCUGUUCGUAACCGGUCACCACCAGAAGGCUCUGUUGCCAUGCGUCGGGGUAAUUCCGGAACUGGUUCUUCUAGGCCCGGAAGGAAGGAACAAAGAUCGCCUCAGAGACCACAAACCUCAGCUGCGAUUAGGAACCCAAAUAGAACCAGUGUUGGAUCCCUGGCGAGCAUUACCCCUGCAGGCGCAGGAGGCGAUUUCUUGUCUCGCAUGAUGAGGCCAACAACCGCUAGUGCUGGUAAAGUUUCAGACAAGAAACCUGCGGUAGGUGCGCCCUCGAAACGCUCAGCGUCUGUAGCCAGCACAAGUCGCAGACGGGAACCAUCUUUGCCGCCAUCACUAGCCAGGCUGGUGAAGCAGAAGACAGGCGAAAAGAAGACAGAGGUCGCUCAAGACGCUGUCCCGGAGGUGAAGGAGGAUAUUGCGGAAGCUGCGCAAGAAUCCAAGCCCGAGACGACCGAAGACCCGGCAGCUCCUGUGGAAGCCGCGGCUCCUGCGGAGGUGGCUGUUGAGCAAGCUCCAGUAGAGCAAGUUACUGUUGAGCAGGCUUCUGUUGAGAAAGUCCCUGUCGCGAUUGAAGUACCUACCACAAAGGAUGAGGCCGAGGUGAAUGAGGAAGAAGAUGAGGAGCAAUCACCUACUACCACAACAUCAUCAACCACCUUGGUGCAUGAGGGUGAGGGAAAAGAUGGCGAGGAACCAGCGCCAUUGGUUAAGGAGUGA